GCCUGAGACUGUCAAGUCAGGCUUGACCCGGACGAGUCUAGCAUGUGACAUUUCCCAUUCACGCACUCGUAGAGGCGAGCAGCACUAGGCUGGGUCUGUCGGCGGUUUAUUUAUCGCCUCUGCUGUGCGUAUGCCCUGUAACUGUAACGGUAUGAACUGGUCGAUGGACGGUUGGAAAAGAAAAGCUACCUACGUAAGGAGAACUCCGCAAUGCGACACUACGACGCGACCUGGUGAUUAAGCACGAGACGUCAGUGUGCAACUAGUAGGGCCCCAGCAAUUUGAUCAAUGUAAAUUGCAAACAUUGGCGCGCGCGAGCGCGCGCGACUGACUGAUAACAACCUCCCAAAAAAAACGAAAGCCUACCCGUUCGAGUGGUCCUGGUUUGAUCUGUGCUGAAAUGUAUUUCUAGCAAGGCCAAAAAAGGCACAGAUGACAAUCUCUACAAAGUCAUAUGUAGUAGGAAUGACAACGCCAAAUUCUAGCUCUCACCACAACGAGCGAAAGAGGUGGUGCCACCAUGGCGUCCGGCGGCCACAUGCAAGCCCCAAUUUCGUAUCGACCUGUCCGCAGAUAGGAGGUGUGGCAGCCAUCAAAGGUCCUGACGCAAAAAGCAGUCUAGAGAGAAACGACAAAAAGCAACAGCGGGAGGACGCGGAGGAGUUGAUGACCCGAAUCGUGCCCCUUCGCUUAUCGCGACGGCAAAGGCACGAGCAGCGUGGAUACCACCACCCGCAAUUUACUACCCCAGCGGUCCAAGCAGAGCCAUGUGCCUGGUUGAGAGUCCUGGUUCUGCUGCUGCGACGUUCUGGGCCCCCCUCGCCUUUCUCCCCAUCUCUGGACACUGGCCCUGUCCUUUUUAGGUUCCCUGUCUCCGUGGAGUCUGCCCGCCUCCACUCACUUUCAGGCCCCAAUGGAUCCUUCAUCCCCUCCUUUUUCAGCCUCUCCCGGCGGCCAUGCAUAACGGCACCGAGACAACAAUCGAUAGGCAAAUGGGGCUGGAAGGCUGCACCACUGGCCUGCCUGCAGGGCAGCAGAAUGGCACACCGGAAUUGCAGGAACCCCCGGAUGCCCGGCGGAACGAACACCCACACACGCGCGCGCUGUCAACCACUUGGGCUGCUGACUGGCGCUUCGAUUGAGCUAUGAGGCGUACAGUGAAAAGAAGGGGCGGAUUUGGAGUGGAAAUCGGUGCCCGGCCUCACCCUCUCUCGGCUUGGGCUUGCCUUACCAUUGCCUUGCCUUGUCCGCCUAACCCCAAUUGCUCGAUCUCGAGACAUUUCGGGGGCAUGUAUAUGGGAGUGCUGGACGAGAUUUUGAGGCUGUCGCCUCUCUCUCUGUCUGCCUGUGUUCUGGUCAGGUGAGAUCAUAUGAAUGUGCCAUCCAUCUCGAUUCCCUCGUCCCUC